CGUAGGUUUGUUCAUUUAUAUCCAAAUUUGAAUACUUUACCCCUGUUGUACAAGAAAGCAGGCGCUGUUUUGCUAAAAUGUCGUCCACGACCUCCACUGUAGAUCUAGCUUUUACGGAUGAUGAAUUGGAGUCUUCUGACUUCAUUCCAUGGUACAAACAACGUAAAUUCCAAAUUAUUGCGGGGGCUGGUCUAUGUGUGGCGUGUAUAUCCGCAAUCGCAAUCCCACUGAUUAUCUCCUCGAGUAGUUCAACCCCUGAGGCCACACAAAGAGCUGCAGUGCCCAUGCCCAAGAAUCUAGCUUUAUGGACGAAUCUGGCAUGGGGUUAUAAGGAUGAAGUACAAAGUGACCAUUAUAUCGUAUCUGUCGACAUGUUUGACAAGUCAGAGUCGUAUAUCCAGGAUUUGCACGACGACGGCCACUGGGUCCUUUGCUACAUUAGUGUUGGAACGAUUGAAAGCUGGCGACCUGACGCAAAUGACUUCCCCAGCAACUGUAAAGGAUUGGACAUGGCCGACUGGGAAGGUGAAACCUGGUUCAAAAUGACCGAUCAAUCCUGCUGGCCACUUAUGGAAAGUCGGUUUAAGAUGGCGCGUGACAAAGGGUGCGAUGGUAUUGAAAUGGACAAUAUGGACUGCUAUGUGAAUAAAUGUAUCAGUGGAAAGGACUCCAGCGAUCUGAAGCAGCCGCAAAUCGACUACAGCAAGUUUCUGGCCGAGACUGCACAUGAUUACGGUAUGGGUGCGGGACAAAAGAAUGUCCCUGCUCUAGUGGAUUCUUUGGUCAACACGUUCGAUCUGGCUGUCCUAGAGGAAUGCAACGACUACAACGAAUGUGGGUAUUACAACAGCUUCAGGGACCAAAACAAGGCGAUUGUGGGUGUAGAAUACAAGUCUUCGUCUGAUAACGCUGGCUGCAGUAGCGCGGCCUCGACGUAUGGGCAGUCCCGAAAGUACCAGGGAAAAAAGAAUGGAGAAAGUGUAUGGAAGGAUUGUUAAACCUCUACUGUUCUAUACAAUAAAAUUAUUCAUUGUAUGGCGAACGAAGA